UGCCUCUUAAAUCUCCUGAGAUGAUUGAAGUCAUUGGGAGCUCCUCUUUCUUCCAAUGGCCGAGGUAGUUCCAACCAAAUAGCUGGAAGACAAAUACCCAGGAAUGCUGAAAGAUGUGCGUAAGUGCCCAAAAAUCCUCGCCUGUGAGAUUGUAGCGACUUGGACCUACCAACGCAAGAAAAUUUGUUCCGAUAGAUCACGACCUUGGGGAGGACUGUUGACGCCUGCUGCUAUUUGACAUUCCACUUUGUAAAUAUUGUAUAUUAUCUCAGGAAAGGGGGUUUAUCAGCUUAAUAAAUAUCAUAAAAGAAAUGGACGAUAAGGCCCAUAUAUUGAUGCAAAGGUAUGAAGUGGGCAGAUUAUUAGGACAAGGAACAUUUGGAAAAGUGUAUCAUGCACGAAAUAUGAAGACUUCUCAAAGUGUUGCUAUAAAAAUGAUCGACAAAGAGAAGGUUUUGAGGGUUGGCCUUAUUGAUCAAAUCAAACGAGAGAUAUCAGUAAUGAGAUUAGUGAAACAUCCAAAUAUUAUUCAACUUUACGAGGUCAUGGCUACCAAAGCCAAAAUUUACUUUGUGAUGGAAUAUGUGAAAGGGGGCGAGCUUUUUAAUAAGGUUUCCAAGGGUAGGCUCAAAGAGGAAGUUGCCCGAAAAUACUUCCAACAGUUGAUUAGUGCUGUUGAUUAUUGCCAUAGUAGAGGUGUUUAUCACCGAGAUUUGAAACCCGAGAAUUUAUUGUUGGACGAAAAUGGAAAUCUCAAGGUAUCAGAUUUUGGUUUAAGUGCACUUGCUGAAUCUAAAAGGCAAGAUGGUUUACUUCACACCACUUGUGGAACUCCAGCUUAUGUGGCUCCUGAAGUUAUCAAUAGGAAAGGAUAUGAUGGUGCAAAAGCUGAUAUUUGGUCCUGUGGUGUAGUUCUAUUUGUUUUAUUGGCUGGCUAUCUCCCUUUUCAUGAAUCAAAUUUGAUGGAGAUGUAUAGAAAAAUCGGCAAAGGCGAAUUUAAAUGCCCUUAUUGGUUUCAUUUUGAAGUUCGAAAGUUGCUAUUCAUUAUAUUAGAUCCAAAUCCAAGUACUAGAAUAUCAAUUGCAAAGAUCAAAGAGAAUUCUUGGUUCAGAAAAGGUUUCGAUGACAGAUUAAAGGAGGUUGAAACAGGCACAAGAGAGAUAACCCAUGUAAAUGUUGAUGCAUUUUUCAGCUCUUCUGAUGGCAGCACGAGCGAGGAAAACCAAGAUCCUGAAGAUAAUCAUGAAUUGUCAAAGCCCAUUAACUUAAAUGCUUUUGAUAUCAUUUGUUUAUCAUCAGGAUUCGAUCUCUCAGGAUUAUUUGAGAGGGACCAAAGAAAAGAAGCGAGGUUUACUUCUCGUCAGCCUGCAACUGCUAUUAUGUCAAAGAUGGAAGAAGUUGCUGAGAAUUUGAAAUUAAUAGUUAGGAAGAAGGAUGGGGGUGUUCUGAAGAUGGAAGGAUCGAAACCUGGAAGAAAAGGGAUUUUGGCUAUCGAUGCCGAGAUAUAUGAAGUUGCUCCUUCAUUGCACCUUGUGGAGGUGAAAAAGACUAACGGAGACACACUGGAGUAUCAGAAACUGUUUAAAGAAGACAUGAGGCCGGCACUUAAAGAUAUAGUUUGGGCAUGGCAAGGUGAAAAGCACUAUCAUCUACAAGAGCAGCGGCAGCACCCUCAGCCUUAACUGUAAACUCUGUCGAAAAUUUUUCCAUACGUUCGUUGCUUGUGUAUUAUCAAAAGAGGCUUAUACUUUUUGUAAUAUACACUUCCUGUUUGGUGUAAUUUUCUUUGUAUAUAAGGUAUGCAGUCCACUUCUUUUUCU